AGUGUCCAUUUUUCCUUUUUGCAAAGACUUAUUUUUAAUUUCCUAAUGUCCGGACGCGGAAAGCAGGGCGGCAAGGCGCGCGCCAAGGCUAAGUCUCGCUCCUCGCGGGCCGGACUGCAGUUCCCCGUGGGCCGCGUGCACCGGCUGCUCCGCAAGGGCAACUACGCCGAGCGCGUCGGGGCGGGCGCGCCCGUGUACCUGGCGGCCGUGCUGGAGUACCUGACGGCCGAGAUCCUGGAGCUGGCGGGCAACGCGGCCCGCGACAACAAGAAGACGCGCAUCAUCCCGCGCCACCUGCAGCUGGCCAUCCGCAACGACGAGGAGCUCAACAAGCUGCUGGGCAAGGUGACCAUCGCGCAGGGCGGCGUGCUGCCCAACAUCCAGGCCGUGCUGCUGCCCAAGAAGACCGAGAGCCACCACAAGGCCAAGGGCAAGUAGAAGCCUGCGUUCCUUUGGCAACAGCGCAAACAACUAAACCAAAGGCUCUUUUCAGAGCCACCCACCUUCGCACUGAAAGGGCUUGCAU